AUGUCCAGUCCAGCCAAGAAGCGGAAAAGAAAUGGAGAAUCAUCGCCGCCAAAGCGCAGUAUUAAGUCAUUCUUUACAGGAAAGACCACCGAGCAAAUUGAUCUAAAAGUCCCCGAUGUCACUGAGCAAACUCUCUCCGAUGAAGCUCUUGCGCGCAAGCUACAGGCUGAGUGGAAUGAGCAGGAAAAUGAAAGCACUCCUGCCGAAGAUACAGAAGCAGAUCAGCAGAUCAAUCCAGCUCCAUCUACAUUAGACUCGCCUGUUUCAACCCGGGUAGCGGCGGUGAUACCAAAGAAGAGCACCCUCUCACUGCAGUCAUCAGCAGGCACAGAGGAUACAAUAUCCCUUGCUAUUCCUCUGGAUCAAAGCCCCCAGACCUUUGAUGCGAGUCAAUGCGCAGCAGAACUGCGGUCGCAUUGGGCAAGCGAAGGCGGAGAUGCUUCUUACGCUUUAUUAACAAGAGCCUUUGUCCUGGCGAAUGCGACAACCAGCCGAAUAAAGAUUGUGGAUACGCUGGUCAACUUUCUUCGGGUUCUGAUUGAAGGGGACCCUUCGAGUAUCCUUCCUGCUGUGUGGCUAGCAACCAAUUCCAUAUCGCCUCCAUACGAUGAACUAGAGCUAGGCCUGGGAGGCUCUUCGAUCUCCAAAGCACUAAAAAAGAUAUACGGUCUCAAUAACCAAGGGCUCAAGACCUUAUAUGAUAAGCACGGCGAUGCAGGAGAUGUUGCAUUCGAAGCCAAAAAGCGACAAUCAUUCACUCUGGUGAAGCCGAAGCCGUUAAGGAUCAAGGGAGUAUACCAGUCACUGAAGAAAAUCGCCACUAGCAAAGGACCUGGCAGUCAGGAAACCAAGCAGAGGAUCGUCGAGAAGCUUCUACAGGAUGCGCGCGGCGCCGAGGAGAGUCGAUACAUUGUCCGGACAUUGGUGCAGAAUCUACGAAUUGGCGCGGUCAAAACUACGAUGCUGAUUGCUCUCGCACGAGCUGUCUUGUAUUCCAAGCCAGUCAGGGCAGAUUCCGAGGUCCGCCCGCCGCAUCAACUUGCACGGUUGAAAAAAGACGAGCUUGCGGAAAUCUACAGCCAUGCGGAAGAAAUCGUCAAAGCGUCAUACGCUCGACAUCCUAACUACAAUGAUUUGGUGCCCUGCUUAUUAGAGAUCGGGCCCACAGAAGAACUUUUGGUCAGAUGCGGCCUAACCAUGCACAUUCCACUAAGGCCGAUGCUGGGCAGCAUCACACGCGAUCUAUCAGAGAUGUUGACAAAGCUCCAAGGCCGAGACUUCAGCUGCGAGUACAAGUACGACGGGCAACGUGCGCAGGUGCACUGCGACGAGCAAGGGAAAGUUUCCAUCUUCUCGCGCCAUCUCGAGCUCAUGACGGAGAAGUAUCCAGAUCUUGUCUCCCUGGUCCCCCAAAUACGGGGAGAAGGCGUGUCCAGCUUUAUCCUAGAGGGCGAAGUAGUUGCCGUGGACCACGAGACCGGCGAUCUCAAGCCAUUUCAAGUCUUAACCAAUCGUGCAAAGAAGAACGUUGAACUUGGAGACAUCAAAGUCAACGUCUGUCUUUUCGCAUUCGACCUUAUGUAUCUCAACGGCGAGCCUUUACUAGAUCGCCCCUUUCGAGAACGCCGCGAACUCCUCCGCAGUCUCUUCGUGGAGAUUCCAAAACACUUCGGCUGGGUAAAGAGCAUGGACGCAACAUCAUCAGAUUCAGAGACAGUCCUUGAAUUUUUCAAAUCCGCCAUCGACGUCAAGUGCGAGGGAAUCAUGGUCAAACUCCUCGACAACGAGCCCAAUGCAAACAAUCAAGCCAACCUCAACGAAACAGCCCCCACUGAACCCAAAGAAAAACCCACCCGACGCAAACCCCUCCUCUCAACCUACGAACCAGACAAACGUCUUGAAUCCUGGCUAAAAGUAAAAAAGGACUACAGCACCUCCUCGGAAACCCUCGACCUGAUCCCAAUAGCCGGGUGGCAUGGUCAAGGCCGCAAAGCAAAAUGGUGGUCCCCGAUCCUGCUAGCAGUCCGCAACCCGGAAACCGGAUCCCUGGAAGCCGUAACAAAAUGCAUGUCCGGGUUCACGGACAAGUUCUAUCAAAGUCACAAAGAAAAGUACGCGCCGGGUAACACGAACGUCAUCUCGCGUCCCAGCUACGUCGAGUACCACGGCGAACCGGAUGUGUGGUUUGAGCCGUGCGAGGUGUGGGAAAUGGCUUUUGCGGAUAUCACGCUUAGUCCUACGUACCCGGCUGCUAUUGGGUUGGUUAGUGAUGAGCGGGGAUUGAGUCUGCGGUUUCCGCGGUUUAUUAAGGUUCGUGAGGAUAAGUCCAUUGAUGAGGCUACUUCGUCGGAUUAUUUGGCGUUGUUGUGGCGGAAGCAGAUGGAGCGGACUGGGGAAGUUGGGGUGGAGGUUGGGGAAGCUGAGGGUAUAGAGGGAAUAGAGUAG